GCUCAGGUCCGUCUAUGUCGGAUGUACACAGCAAGGCGACGACUUCUUGACCUCUACUUGGCGCGUAAGGUGUGCAGCUCGAUGUUCAUCCGUCUAGAACUGUAUUCAAAUCUCGGCGCAGAGACACGCUGGAACAGAUCGAUGUCGCUAAUCUUCUCAUUGAGAAAUACCCUGAUGCGAGUCUUACCUGCCGAUUGCUUCAAACCCAUCUCACGACGUCCGCAGACCUUCCAAUAUGCCCUCACCUCGAG